CUUACUCAAGCAAACAAACAAAAAAGAAAAGAAAAUUCAGGAAAUCUCUACUACCUGCAAACCAAACCACUGCACGAACCUCCCAAAUCACCACUAGCAACUAGCCUAGUAACUACUUGGGCCCAAAACACGGUUCCCCAAUUCGGGGCAGCCCGCUUACUCAUCACCCAUCCAACCCUCUCCAAACCUUCCAAGCUUGAUCCAUCCAAUCCCGCCUUUGCUAAUCAACCACAUCCGACAGGCCCAGACAUCGCGAUUUGCUUCAAUUCCCUCCACCGCCGUCGCAUGCGCCCCGCUGCCUCAUGUCUCUCGGCAGACAUGCCUACAGGCAUGCACCAUCAUCGAAUAACCUCCUCGAUCACGUCUGGAUCAGCGAGGACUUCCUAGCUUCCGCGUUCCGACGCUUCGCUAACGGCCAACGACGCUACGAGAGCCGCGUUCCGGGCCCAUUGGAGGCUCGACGACGACUCGCUAAGAGGAGGAAUACUGCCCUCGCUGGGAUUGCGGGAACAGGGCCUUUGGAUGAUAUUGCGUGUUUGUUUGGGCGCAAUGGGAGGGAGCAUAUGAAAUGGACGACCACGACGGAGGGGAGAAAGGCGAAGGGCUCGCACUUUUAUCAAUUGAGUACCCCGUCGCCGUCACCGCCGCCGCCGCCUCCGAUACCGACACCGUCUGUGCCAGUGUAUAAUGAGGGUGGUAACAUGGUUGGUGAUGAGUUUGAGUUUGGAAGGCCGGAUAUGCCGCCAGAGGGUUCUGAUGAGGUAUCGCGCGAUCAAUAUGUCAGGAGACGGUUGAGAGAGUGUCGUACCGUCGAGGCUGUUAAGAGGGUUGUUCGGCAACUGGAUGUUGAUCUUUUGCGCGAGCCGGGGUAUAGUCGGUUUAUAUUCGAUCACUUGUUGUCGUGCUCGAGGAGGGGGGAGGUGGCUGUUGAUGAGCUGGUGUCGUUUCUGGAUGAUCCGCAGCUUAAUAUCCGCGGAGCGAGGAAUUAUUUGACCGCGGUCGAGUAUAUCGCUUCGCGGGGAAUAAGGCAUGGGAAGUGGCACCCGCUAUUCGACAAUGUCGUUCAGGCUCUGGAGCUUGGGCUCGUUCCGCCUGAGGAGCUGUGCGCUGUUAUAGAGGCUGUUGCGAAAGCAGUACCGGCGAAGGGCGAGAAGAAGAGACCCUCCCCGGAUACGGUCACGGCAAUGUACCGGGCGAUGUGGGAUGCAAUUGGACGGUGUGAUAUCUAUGGGCAUGGUGAUCUCGACGAGGGGGUUAUUGACGCGUGGCUUGGCGCUUUAUGGGAGAGGGAUGUCUGCGAGGAUUUGCCCUUGGCGAAGAGCAUGCUCGUUGCUGCUCAGAGACUGGAGUCGGCAUCUUGCUCGUGGGCUACGUUGUUUAUCACGCGCUGGCUGGAACUUCCCAGAAAGCUGCGAGCUGGCGCUGGUGAAGUCUACGCGAGUGACAUACUGAGCAGUUUCAAGCCGGAUCUUGCAACAGCUGCUGUCAUAUCGACAACCGAAUUUCUGGCGUUGAACAAGAAAGACCUGCUUAGCCGGUGGCACGACUGCUUGUUGCAGGCUCAAGAGAUCCCGCAACUUGUUUCAUCGAAAGCAUGGCUUGAUGUUCGAUCGCAGCGCGAUGUAACAGAGCCAAAUAUUACGCUGCAACAUCAGAUCAUCUUACGCAUAUGGGCUUUACGCACUCUCAGCAAAGGCCUUUCCGACGGGCCUCUUUGGAGGAAGAAUGUACGAGCCACAGAUGUGCCCAUAAGACGCCUCUUCGGCCUCUACGAGUCCAUCGAAAAGACCGAGUCCCGUGAAGACUUGCUAAGCAGCCUAAUGGAAGGCAUCCAUGACCUUGGGCUACCAGCCAACGGCCUCCUCAUACUAGCCGUCGACCUGAAAGCCCGCAACGCCCUCACCAAAUCCACCCGACGCACCCUAACCAACAUGGAAACAUCCGCAUCCAACGCCUCCUUCGCCAACAUCUUCGCCAGCCUCGACGCCUACAACGCAAGCACCCCCCACUUCUUCUCCAAAUUCGAAGCAAUGACCCGCCAAAUCGACAUCACCUCCCCAGACUUCAUCUCCCACGGUCUCGACCUCGCCCGAACCGGCGACUCCCGCAGCGUAUGGACACUCAUCCGCCUCCUCCGCUCCCACACCCCUCUCAAAAUCGCCCUUUCCAAAUCCUGGAUCCCCAUUGCCGAUCCCUCAGAAAAAGCCCUCGUGCGCUACAACCCCGAGCCCAGGACCAGCGACUGUCCAGACCCGCACGCCGCUUUAGAGAUGAUCCACCUUCUGGCAGUGUCACUCGCGUGCUCGAGGCGCUUGAGCCCUCGCCGUGCCUACAGUCUCGUGCAUUGGCUGUAUGUCUUCCUGGUGAAGCAUAAUGCGCCUGUUAAACCGGCGAUUGCACGUGCUUUGUAUCAUGCGGGCGUUGAACGCUUUCGGCGUGAGGGGUUACGUGUUUCGCUUACGCAGUAUGCGUAUAUCUAUGAUGUUGUGGAGGAGGUCGAGGGUGCGGAUGUCGUGGAGGCGCUUAUGGAGCCGCCGAGGAUUGGACAUCGGUUUUCUGGGGAAGAAGAAGGGGGGGGUUGUUCUGAGUACGAAGAGGUGCGAUGAGGUGUAUUUUAGAAUACCUAGCCUGGUCUGAUACACCAGGAUUGUAUACUACUAGUAUAGAUUAUAGCGACUGAAGAGGAAAUAUCAUUGCCUCCGGCGUAUCAACUACAGCUCUACGCAAGUAUAAUUUCUUGAAUCGUUCUCAAUUCAAACAAUC